UUUGAACAUUUAAUUUAUAAAAAAACAUUAAAAAAUUAAAAUACAAAUAUACUUUUAAAAAAGCCACAAACGCAUGUUAUAUAUCAUUAAAGAAAAUGGACAAACAUUUACUGGAUGCUGACAAAGCCCGAUUUAAAUUUAAACGAAAUAGAGAUAUGUCACUAAGUGAUGCUGACGAACAAAAAUAUAUUUUAUUCACUAAAUCUUUCAGGAAGCAUCAAAAAUUAAAAAUAAAAUAUACAAUUUAUGGAAAUAUCGCUUAAAUUGAAACUAUCGUGCGGUACAAAACCAUCGAUUCGUCAAUCCAUCUCCAGCACCAACAGGAAAAAUAUGUAUAUUUAUAAUAGUAUGUAAAAAGGGCUAUAGAAUAGUCGCGUCGCACAACGAUCGUCUUUGUCUCGCAUGAAAAGUCGGGCGGAGCGUGUAAACCUGGAUAUAUGUAGAGCGGUUCAGUAAACGCAACAAACAUGUCAACCACUCCCAACUCCAACAGCAGUAGUAGCACCAGCAACAGCAAGCAGACGCAAAAGCAGGACACGUACAGCAGCGACAGCAGCGAGGAGGGCCUGGAGACCGCCGAGGAGCGGAGGAGGCGAAUCCUGAAGGAGCGCAGCCGGCUGAACAGGCCGCAGCACAACAUGUCCGGAGCCGUGCCCAAGCACGAUGGCAAGUCCCCGGGCGGUGCAUCUCCUAUCUGCCAGGCAACAGGAGGGCGCCUGCAGGCACCGCCCGAGAGGAUCUCUAUGCUGGUAGAUGGCGUGCGAUUCACGGUGGAGCAGUCCCUGCUCACAGCCCAUCCCACCACGAUGUUGGGGACUAUGUUCGGGACCGGAUUCCAGUUUGCGCAUGCAAACGAUCGCGGAGAAUACGACGUGGCCGACGGCAUCUCCCACCUAGUUUUCCGGGCCAUCCUGGAGUAUUACAAGAGCGGCGUGAUCCGCUGCCCCCCUACUGUUUCUGUGCCGGAGCUGAAGGAAGCCUGUGAUUACCUGCUCAUCCCCUUCGACGCAACCACCGUGCGCUGCCAGAACUUAAGCCUGCUUCAUGAGCUCAGCAACGAAGGAGCACGGCAGCAGUUUGAGCUCUUCCUCGAAGACCUAAUUCUACCCCUUAUGGUGGCCUCGGCGCAGCGUGGCGAUCGAGAAUGCCACGUGGUGGUGCUCCUCGAAGACGAUAUGGUCGAAUGGGACGAGGAGUUUCCGCCUCAAAUGGGAGAGGAGUAUUGCCAGACCGUUCACAGCACUGCCAUGCACCGAUUCUUCAAGUACAUCGAGAACCGGGAUGUUGCUAAGCAGGUGAUGAAGGACCGCGGACUAAAGAAAAUCCGCUGCGGCAUAGAAGGGUACCCCACCCACAAGGAGAAAAUUCGAAGGCGUCCUGGCGGACGGGCCGAGGUUAUCUACAGCUAUGUGCAGCGCCCGUUCAUUCACAUGUCCUGGGAGAAGGAGGAGGCAAAGAGUCGACAUGUAGAUUUCCAGUGUGUGAAAUCCAAGUCUGUAACGAAUCUCGCCGAAGCGAAUGCCGAUCCGCCACUGGAAUUGGACGCAAGUGGAAACCCGAUUCCGCCCAUCGCAGUGAUCAAUCCGAAUCCCAACAACGCAGAGCUCGCCAUCGGCGUGGUUGCCGUCCCCGUAGUGGGCGUGGCUGGUCCGGCAGCUGUAGUUGCUGUUGAUGAGGCAGCUGGAGGCGUUGUGAUACUCAAUGAGUUGGACCAGGCCGCAAUCGCAGAUGCCGCAGGCAUAGUGGAGCAAAAUAUGUGAGCAACGGACCGCAUGGAAAGUCGGAACACACUGCCAGAGUAGCAUCGCGCACAGAAAAUUCUUUCUACGUUUUUCAUCAACAUUUUUAUAUACGCAAUAAAUUGAAAUUUCGAACGCAAAA